AUAACGCACCUAUAAAAUACGAAAGUGAUAUUAGUAGUAGUAAAAGCCAAGAAGUCAUUAGUUAUGCAUCUCUAGAAGAGCCCAAAUCUAAUAUUCUUAAGGAACGAUGGAACGACGAUAUCAAUAAAAUAAUAGAUAGUUACAGUUUACCAGCACAUCAAGGUCCGAAUUCCCUCAUGGUACAACUCGAUAACUUACUUGAGGAAAUACAGGCAUUAGAGUUGGAAUACCUAGAUAAGACCAAUAAACCCGUUAGUAAAAUUUCAGAUGCCAAUCAUAAGGAAGAAAACAACAAAACAGAUACUCAUCAUACGUCAAAUGCUUUCUCCACUGACCAAAAUAAAGGUUUUCAAGAAAAUCUUGCUGUUAAAAACCCUAAAAAACGUCUGCCUGAAUCCGUUAAUUCAUCUUAUAACUCAGAAGUAUGUAAGUUCUUGAAAUCCAAGGGCGUAUAUAAAAUCUUUAACGAAUUCCAGCCCCAUGAUGAAAGUUUUGAUGAAAUCCCGGACCUAAAAUAUACCAAUCAUGAUAAGUUAAAUAGGGAAUUUAAACACGAAGCUCAAGUACAAAUAAGUACCAGUUCUCAAAAUAAUCAGGCAUUGUCGUUAAAGUCUGAACACAAUAAUAUAUCCAUCGAGCAAAUUUUUAUCUCCGGAAGUAAUGACUCCAGUGAUUUUAAUGAACAAACUAAAAAGCCCCAAGAAGAAGGAAAAAUUAAAGUUAAGUCAGAACAAUAUAAGAAUGGAGAACAACUAAGUAAACUUACCCAAAACAAGCUUUGUGAAAUAAAAGUUGAUGCACUUAGUAAAGAUCCUAUCAACGAUUAUAAGAAUUUCAAAGAUAGUAUAGCAGAUCUCGUAACUGAAAAUGACAAAAGUGAAGGUUAUCUCUUGACAAUCACAGAAGGAAGUGACCUAGAAGGAAUUAUAAUUAGUAAUAUGAAACAAAAUAAAAGAUCAAAGAUUAACCUAACUAAUAUGAGUAGAAAUCGUAAUAAGUCUAUCCCAGAGAUCUUCCAUCAGAACAAGAGGCCUAAAAACAAAACAUUAGUUCAAGAAUCAAAGUUAAAAAUUAAGCGAAGUAAUAGUAAAACUCACCAGAGGACAGAUAUCUCGUCAUCAUUACGUGAUACUAUUGGAAAACAAGAUGACUAUUGUGAAUAUAUGAACCUUGAUAUAACCAAGAAUAAAUUAUAUUCAACUUCUUAUAAGUUAUCAGCACAACAAUUUCUUCUGCAAAUUGAAGAAUUUAAAAGAAUUUACGAAUUAUUUAAACGUGGAAUAACUCCUUCUAGAGUCAAACAUAUGAUCGAAAGCAUGGAUCUCAUUUUACUUGCUUUUGAUAAUAACUUGCCAUUACCAUUUAAAAAAUUGUAUAAGGCUCUUAUUCAAUUAAAUAAUCGACAGUUAAAUGAGAAACAUCCAAGAAUUCUAAGGAAAUUAUUGGACAAUUGCGCAAAUAUACGAUUUAAUGGAACUGUUUUUAUUAAAAACCCGUAA